CCACGGCCUCCACUGUCCUCCACAAGCUCACCAUCAUCCUCAAGACGAGCCGGCAGAGCUGCACAGCACCAUGGCGACCAUGUUUCACUCGCGCGAAGCCAUCCAGGAGGGAGACAUCGUCAUCGUCUUCAUGUCUCGCGACAAUAUGACCGCUAUCACUGUGACCAAGGGACAGACAUUCCACAACAAGUUUGGCAAGUAUGCCCACGACGAGAUGAUUGGGAUCAAGUUCGGCUCAAAAAUGCACUCGCCCCCACCCCAGAGCGGUUACAUUCACCUGCUGAGGCCCACGCCGGAGCUGUGGACGCUGUCGCUGCCUCACCGCACACAGAUCCUGUAUAUGACGGACAUUGCCUAUAUCACCAUGCGGCUCGGUGUGCGCGUCAGCGGCAAGGUCAUUGAGGCGGGGACCGGAAGUGGAAGCAUGACUCACUCGCUGUCCCGCUCCGUCGGAGAGCGAGGGAAGGUGCACUCGUUCGAGUACCACAAGGCGCGCUUUGUCAAGGCGGGCGAGGAGUUUGAAGAACACGGGCUGAAGAACAUCGAGCUGCAGCACCGCAAUGUGUGCAAGGACGGGUUUGGCGACGUGCGAGACGUGGAAGCCAUCUUCCUCGACCUGCCCGCCCCUUGGGAAGCGAUCCCACAUACGCCUGAAGUGUUGAAUCCGAACGUGAUUACGCGCAUCUGCUGCUUUAGCCCAUGUCUGGAACAGGUUCUCAAGACGGUAACAGCGCUGAGGGAGGAGGGCUUCUCAGACAUCUCCACCCAGGAGGUCCUCACCCGCACGUACGACCUUAUGAUGCCCCCACCACCUGGGUCGCACCACCUUAAGAGCGUGUCCUCUAUUACGCAGCGGUUGCGAACCCAUGAGAAGCGCAAGGAAGAGCGCCGCGUGAUCCAGAUGCGCAACGCCCGCGAAAAGGUCCGCCUCGCUAAGGAGGCCGCCGAAGCAGAAGAGGUGGCGGCAGCAGGGGCAGCCGAGGGCAUGGAGGUGGACGCAGCAGAGACAAGUGAGAAGCGCAAGCAACCUGAUUCCGAGGACACCGAGAAGGAGGCGAAGAAGGCGCGUGCAGAGGGUGCCGAAGGAGCUGCCGAGGAGGCACCGCAAGACGACCUUGAAGGGCUGUACGACGAGCCUCCCGUCGCGUGGUCGUCGAUGGUGCUCACCAAGCCUUCACCAGAAAUGCGUGGACACACAUCGUACCUGACCUUUGCGACAUUUUAUCCAGCAUCGAUACGGGCGCAGAUCAGCGCUCAGGUGCAGGAUGGGACGACGGCAUUGCCCACACGUGCGGCGACUCCGGCGGCAGUCGCCGAGUAAUUAAGCAGAGGAACGUAUUGUCCUGUAGUAUGACGCGGUUCCGCUGCAAGGCCGGCGAAUUGGCGCAAGCGGAAGUGUGGCAGAGCGGGUCGUAACCAAGGUCGCUUGGUAGCAGCCGGGCCGGUGGAAGAUUGUGGAGCCAGGCCAAGCAAUAACGGCAGUACUGCAGGGAGUGCUGUCGUCAUGUGCGACUUUGCUCGUGUUUGCUGGGAGCGAUCCAGGUGAUACAUGCAAUGCAGAUGAGGUAGAUGAGAGAUGGAGGUACAGG